AUGAAGCUUCUCGCCCUCCUCGCGCUAACCAGCGCCGCCCAGGCGCAUUACCGCUUCUCCAAGCUCGUCAUCGACGGGCAAGAAGAAGCCGAAGAAUGGACCUCGAUCCGGAUGACCAAGAACUACCAGUCGAACGGCGGGGUGACGAGCGUGACGAGCCCGGACAUGCGGUGCUACCAGGCGCGCGCGGGCACCGGCACCGCGACGGUGGCCGCGGGUUCCGAGCUGGGCUUCGUGGCCAACGCGGCCGUGACACACUUCGGGCCCGUCCAGUUCUACAUGGCCAAGGUGCCCGAGGCCGCCGACAUCAACACCUGGGAGCCCGCGGGAAACGUGUGGUUCAAGAUCGGGAGCAUCACCGCCGUGCCGCCUCUGGGGUCGAGCGAGGCUACCUGGCCAGCCUACAACAAAAAAGUCGUCAACGUAACGAUCCCCGCAGCCGUGCCCAGCGGCAAGUACCUCGUGCGCGUGGAAUCCAUCGCCCUGCACCAGGCCCAGUCCGUCGGCGGCGCGCAGAUGUACCUCUCGUGCGCGCAGGUCGAGGUCACCGGCGGCGGCAGCGGGACCCCCGGCCCGCUCGUCGCGUUCCCGGGCGCCUACCAGCCGAGCGACCCCGGCCUGCUGUGGUCGUACUACCCCGUGCCUACCACGUACACGGCUCCGGGGCCGGCCGUGUGGACUGGUUAG